UUCACAAUCAGUAAACACAACAGAUGCAUUUGCAGAACUUCAUGAUGUUUCGCGAUCUUGGUACUAUCGCUAUGUCGAAAUCUGCACUCAAGUAAAGAACACUAACUUUACCUUUUUGUAUAAUGUCAAUAAUGGAUGUACUGAUGACGUUGUUCAACGAUCAUCGUGCUUAACCAGAGAAGAAUUAUUAUGCCAACAGCUGCAUAGCGAAGAAAAGCAAUAUGAUUUCUUCGUUUCAAGAGUGAAUCAAGAAGUUUUAUUCCCUUUGCAACAAGAAAGGAUAGCAUCACCAAUUUCCCGUGCCCAAAAUCCUAUUCCAUAUAAUUCUUCAUUUAUGAUGCAUAAUCCACAUCAUCUUCACGUGACUAUUCUAAAACGCGCCUUAUCUCCCGACAUAAUUACGAGAAAUCACGCGAACGAAUCUCCGCUUACAAAAUUUGGAUUUAUUACCUCUAGUCGUCGACAUAGCAUUUAA